AGUUGAAGGAUUGUUGAAGAUCGGCGAAUUCUCCUUAUUGGAGCCAAUUUGGAGCCUUGGUGCGGUUGGCUUCUAAUUUUAAAAGAUAAGUGUAGAUUGAGCUAAGCUUACUUUUUUUUUCCUGUCAUGGUAUAAACGGAAGGCUAGGUUUAAUCUUGUAUUGAUUUGAAGAAGUCGUUGGCAUGGAAGCGUUGAGGACAUGUGCUUACCAGCUUAAUAAUGAAGGUGUAAUUUUAAGAAAACGAUAAACUGCGAAAAAUAUUUAAACAUCGAUUAGCGAUGAACCGAAGAACAAGCAUAAAAUUACAGCUUUAGCGGAUAAUGGGACAAGACCUUGCCAAGCAAGUUCAACCGAGGAACAGUGUUCAUUCAAAUAGCUCUGUAGUCCAAGCCCCACAGCCGAAAGAUUUAUACAGCAAGAAGUGUCCAUUGAACAGAUGUAAGUGUGCACGUUUGUCACAUUUUUAUGUUAUUGAUAUCAAAUGUCACCCCUGGGAAUCCGCACAAAAAUAUCAUUUGCCUCCGGGAGAAAUCUGCAGGCAGGCUAGACGCAUUUUCCUUACUAAAGUCUUCCUUUUUAAUCGCAAUCAAGUUCUACCAUCACCAUAUACAUGUAUAGUUAUAUUAUUGGAAGACCGAAGGCUAAAAUGAAGAAACAGUGAUCGAAAGCAUCCUGACAGUACACUUCACUAAGUAAAUAUAAAGCCAUCAUUUCACUUCUAGGAGCUAAAUAUGAUUAUGACUCUAGGGGUCAGAUUUACUCUUUGGCUAGGAACUUAAUGAUUAUUUAUAGAGGUCAGAUAAUGACAAAAAUAUAAUGUUGUGUCUGAUCCAAGCCACCUCAGAUGACUUAUGUGUGCUACAGUCUAGAGUCCACUGGUUGAGUCUUAAAGCAUAUAGGUCGCUCUAUUUUGCAGAUUUCUUGUCAGGGAGAACCGGUACAUGCUUACUUAUAUUAUUUUGUUUCUGAGAAAAGUCAGUCCUCUGAAGUUCCAAAAGAAGGCAAUUCAAUUUUGUCCCUGAUAAAGGUUAAGGAAAUUACCUUUUUUGAUUUGAGUAUUAAUACAAUUAAUAUUCUUUGAACUUCUUGUCUCUUCAACUAGUUUCAGAAAGUGAAGUUCAAAACAUGGUGAAUGUAUACCAUAAAUUAGCAGCCCUCUCUCCCCGGGACAAGUAUAUUGACAGGAAUACUUUGUAAGUUGUAUAUAUAAUAAUAUAUUUGUUAGAUAUCUUUAUUAUAUUAAAUAGAUAUUCAAAAUAGUUAUACCAGAUGGGUAUGUUAUUACUUGUUUGCCUGUCAGUCAAGGCAGCUGUGUUCUGAAAAAAAUUAAGGGAGCCCAGUGCUUUGAACCUGUGAAAUCCAGGGUACCUUAAAGGAAAUGACUUUUGUGAAAAAAAAUUAGGAUUUCCCAGUCGCCCAAAUAAGAGCCAAACAAAGAUAGGCACCCGAGGGACCAGCAGGUGCUGCUAGAGCACAUGGGGCCCUGUCAGUUCAUCAAAAUAAAUGUAAUCACUCAAAUUAAUCAAGAAUUACAAGUAUCAAUAAUUUCUCUGAGUUUUUUACUUUUGUUUAUUAUUAAGAGCAGCUACCGGUAGCUAAAAUUUAUCCUUUUAGAAAAUUUUAUGUUCAGAUGUAGAAGGAAUCAUUAAGAUUUGUUGGGUGUUCAAUUAUUAAUUUGAGUAAAACUCUGUUUUGUGCCAAAGAGAAACCUGUGAUAGUGCAAUGCCCAGGCUGGUUUCAGUUAGGACAGUAAAGCAAAAAAAAAAAAAACGUACAUCCAUUUCUUUAUGAAAACUGGGAUAUUAGCCAUUUGUACAUGGUACAAUUAAUACCAUUGUUUACCAGGAGUGUUUGGGACCGAGAGGCUUUUUAACUAAGGAACUGUGCUCUGUCCACAGUUACGUCCCUAAGGUAAAGAGGCACUUAUACAUUUUAUUUGUCCACCAAAAAUGAUUUAUGGUGGAAGAAUAAAAUGUGGGGAAGCUGUGCCCCUUUACCUCAAGCAUCCUUAUUACACAUACAUGUAAUGACUCAAUUAGUGGCUGUAAGAGUCAGUGGUUUUAUGUCAUCAAAUUUAAUUUUACUUUGUUCUGUCGGUGUGAAAUUUUUAAAAAGAAUGAAGGGGAGAUAGGGAAAGUGGAUGCAGCUAUAUGCAUCCCUAAUGUUGAUGGCCUGAGUUUAUUGAUGAAAAAGAGAUAGAGCAUUGUAAUAUCCUUUUCAGCUUGCAUUACUUUCCAUUGGAUGGCGUCUUGGCUGGAAGACUGUUUGCAGCAUUUGAUAAAGACAAAAAUGGUCAUAUCGAUUGCGAUGAGUUUUUAGGUGAGAAAACCAUACAUUGUAGCUGUAGCGAUUUAAGCAUUCAUCAAAAUUAAGUAAAGGACCAAGCCCCACUCUCUUGCGUAUAGGGGGUGUCUCCAAGCCUGGUUUUUACUACAAACAGGUUUAAAUUUGCUUUGGAUUCCUGUUUCUUUUUCUGAAGACAGUGUAACAGUUACUGUUGAUUUUACAUGUAACUCAAGUCUGUGGUAACUAUUUGAAUAUCAAAACAUGCAAUUUUGAGCUAGAAUUAAUAUAAUAAAUUGAUGAUAUUCCUGCUAAUUAUGUAAGCUUUCUGAUUUUGAAUUUAAAUUGUAGUUGAAGAGGUCUCGAUCUGUGGAAUAUAAAGGUCCUAAAUUAAGUGACUCAUGAUUUAAGCUAAUGAAUUCUUCCAGUGAUUCAUAUUGGAGGAUUUGUUGAUAUUUGGCAUAAAUACUGGUCAUGGGUGAUAUUUCAAAAUUGUUACACGUAAUUUCAGAAUUUGGGACAAUUUUGAAAUGUCACGAGUGGUAUUUAAAAUGCCAAAUACCACGUACAAAUCUUGCUAAUAUUUGCUUAUACUACUACCCGCAAAAGGUUUGUAAUUUUCACAUGUGGGUAUUUCAAAUUAAGCUGAAAUACCUGCACUACUCUAAGCCAAUCAAAUAAUUGUAGAAAUUUCUCAUGUAGUAAUAUAAAGUAUUAUACAUUUAAGAAAUUUAAAGCAGAACCUUGCAGGUCACUAGAAGUCACUCAAGUCACUUUUCCUGACAUUUCUUCAUUUUCAUACUUAAAGCCUGGUCUAUCUUAACCAUAUUGUAAGGAACCCAGCCAAGGAGUUCUCUGUUGCUAAAAUGUAGUUAUGGUAACAUAUUUACUUUUAUUAAAUGUUUUAAUAUAGGAGGUCUUGCACUGUGUUUGAGAGGUUCAACAGAAGAAAGAGGGCAGAUCAUCUUUGAUAUGGUAAAUUUAGCUAAGUAGUAAACAUAUUAAUUGUAAUUAUACUACAUGUACCAGGGUGCAGAGAAAAUCAUUUUUACAGCUCAAGCCAUUCGGGCAACCUGAAGCUAGCAUUUACUAGCCCAGACUUCAUUUCAACUAGCCCCAAAAGCUUUUUGACAAGCAGAAUUGAUUUCACAGUUCUUCUAUUAUUCGAAUUCCUCAAAAAACAUCACUUGCCUGUCGGGCAAGUUAAAAAGUAACAGAAUUCACUAGCCCGAUAGCAAAAUUCACUAGCCUCAGGCUAAUUUUGACACUACUUUCUUUGCAUGCUGUGUACAUGUAAAUUGCCACCAUUCACAAACUAACACUGUAGUUCAUAAUUUAUUUGAAUAACUAUUAAAAUUAAAUGGGGGAAUCCACGAUCAGACGAGAUUUUGUUUUCUGAUUGGUUUCCUGAGUGGGCAAGCUGGGCUUCCUACAUCAAUCCCACACUGAAAGGGUUCUCUUUUUGGCUAUGAUCCAACCAACCUUAGUCAGUUGCUAAAUAAAUACAAGUUCGCUCAAGAUCACCGGGUAUUAGCAUAAUUCUUUUUUCUUUGUCUGGGUACAUUAAAAGCGCAAGUAAAAGUAAAAGCUUGGUCAAAUACCUUAUAGUCAUGCAUGCAUCUUGUCCUCACCCAUGAUCAAUUCAUUAUGCAUCUCAGUUAAUCUUAUUGCUUGAUUUCUUGAUGGCAGCUUAUAUCUUGGCUUAAUUUAAUAUUAAGCGUGUAAAUUUCUGUCAUCAUUGUUCACAACACUUAAAUGUCAAAGGGUGGACACCAAAAUUUUGAUGAGUCAAACUUAAAGACCCCUCAAGAGUGAAUUUAAUUAAGUUUAGCAUCUGAGUGAAUAAACAAACAAUAUUAAUUUGGGUCACAAGUGCAAGCUAAUUAUUGUCCAAAUUUGGAUACGUUUGUUUUGGGGAACUUGGGUCAUGAAAAAUUUGAUGUCUACUAUAAAAUAAAAGGCAUAUUAAAUAUUUGGCAUUGCCUUGUUAUUUUUAAUUGAUUAAUGUGAAAUGUAUAACUUUUUUUCUUUCUUUUUCUUCCUAUGUUCAUCUCUCGGCUAUUGUUGCCCUAUACAGUUCAACCUUGAUGGUAAGACAUAGUGACCUGCUUCGUAUUAAAUAAUUGUUGAGUUGAAAUCUAAUGGAUAUUUGAGUUCUAAAAAUAUUCUUUAAAGCUAUUAUUAAGGUUCAUUUAUUUACAAUGUAGUAAGUUUUAGGGUACUUUCCAUUGGUUAGAAGGGGCUGGCCAGUCACCUAGCCUAUGUUGAAGAGGAUGGAAUCAGGGAGGGAAACAGCUGCUCCUUUUCUUCCUUCCUAUCACUUUUGUUUGCACCUGCCACAAAGGCUUGGCCAGACCGACUUUCAUUCUGUUUUAAUAAAAAAUCCCUCUUUUGAUCUUGACUAUCCAGCACAGAUCAGUCUAUUUUCAAAUGGUAUGCUUGGCAGUGGUUAUUUUUGGGGAAAUUUUGAAAUAGUUGACUAAUUUUUUAUUGUGAAAUAUGACAGGUCUGGGUAGUCUCCAUCACAGCUGCUCAGGCCUAUGGUCUGGCAGGCCAGUUUGGGUUUUUAGCAAAAGCGCCGUAGUGAAAGUUCUAUUAUAGUGGUGUAUUUACAAAGAAACAAACACCUGGUAGUAAAGUUUAUUUAGAAUCAUCGCUGCAUUGAAGUUUGACUUCGAAGCAGGUCAUUCUUAAUGUAUCUGAUUUCUUUCUUACUGUCAGUUGUUGGUCAGAAAUAUUUAGUACAUUACUUUUACUAGCAAGUUGUCUCUUUUUUAGGAAGUGAUGGAAUCAGUGUUUCGGAGAUAUCCGUAAUGCUCAAGUCUUUAUUGUCAGCUGCUGCAAGGUAACCAUAAAGCUCGUCUCACAACCCUAGCACACAUAAAUGUUAUAGGAUGCUAAGGAACCCACACACUUUUCGUAAAGAGUACAAAAUUGUAGGGUGCCUCACAGUCCAAGGUGGCAUGUGGUGGUCUAUCUUUCAUGGAGGGAAGGACUGUUGAAGGGCCUGCAGUAAUUGACUUCAAGCACUGUUGCGGCUGAGCCGUGACCCUGCCAAAAUUGGCAAACCUAAGUAUUAAAUAUACUUGCAGGCGACAAGAAGAGCCCAAAAUCCUAAUCUCCAGGUUGUUAUUACGCAUGCGUCGCAUGUAUUUAGCCAGCAUUCCUUUGGACUUCCACUAAGAGUGAAUGGAAUGCACAGAACGCAAUUUGAUCAGGCGUCUUGACCUUUUACCCCUCGUAAUCUGAUCAUGCGUGUUUUGACCAUCUGUCACUUGCAACCUAUGCAAAGCACAGUAUUGGAGCCAAAGCGUUUUGACUUUUGACCGUUGUCGGCACUCCGUAACCCCCUAGGCUUUUUGUCCACGGUUGGUCACAUUAACAACUUUCUGUAAACACGAAAACAAUUCUUUUUGGAAAAAUUGUUUCUGAAUCAGUAGGAACUGAAAGAGCAUACAAAAAUUAGGUAUCCUUUUAUUUUUAGGCUUAUAUCUUAGAAGUGGAGACUGCAACGGCCGACGAAAAUGAAAGAGAUAAUUAUUUUGUAGGGGUGCCGCACCUUCACGGUUGUGUGAUUUUCCAAAGAAAUCCUUGUAAAUUUUGAAAUUUUCAAACUGUCGUAAAAUCUUUUAAACAUUAUACGGCUCAAUUAUUCUAUUAUGAACAAAAGAAAAUUUGAGCACCGUAAUGCGUAUUAGGGACAAUUUUAAUACAGUUAAUAAUGAAUCAAAGUCAUUUUCAUGUGAAUGGUUCUGUUCUUCGCUUCAUUUUGAAAGUUCACUGAAACCCUCUACUCACUUUUUUUUUGCAUUAUUUAAUCACGUUGUAUUAUUUGAAAUAAUUUAUUUGUAGAAUUGUACAUGUCAGGGACAGCCAGUCUCCGGGUAAGUCUUACCUAUACUAUACUACCAGCUAUUACAGUCGAAGCUCUCUCUCCUUGCGACCACUCUCAUAAGCGACCAGCUCCUGGUUACGACCACCUUUGAGAAACUGCCUUUGAAUUGUGACCUAAACAUUUAUAUUGAAAGCUCGCUCAGAGUCUUAUUCAUAUAAAUCAACGCUUUAAUGAAACCGCACACAGCGCUAAUGUUUCGUUGACAAAGAUAUUGUGCAGGACUUGCAGUGUUAUAUUUGUAAAGUUCAAGGUUAUUUCCUUAUAGUGCCCACUUAGCCUGCAUGACAACGACCACUCACAGAAUUUUUAAAGAGUUUCUGAUGGUCUUGUAAGCGGGGCCACUCUCUAUUGUUCUACCAUGCGGUCGCUCAUUCUCGUAAGCGGCCAACUUUAGUUAAGACCACUUUUUCCAAUUUCCCAGGUGGUCGCUUACGAGAGCUUCGACUCUACGUCCUUUUAACAAGGUCUCUUAUACCUCUUUUUAUGAUAUAAAAGUACCCCAUCCAUGUGGUGUUUUUGGCAAGAAGGGUCAUCUUUUGGCCCGCAAUACGUGAGCAACGAAAUUACUGUGUGCUGUACCUGAAAUGAAUUAUAGUUACGAUUUGCGCAAGAAACAGAUGAUCUCCCUAAUGGUCAAACUAAUGGGUUAAGAAAGAACAUAAAUAAGAAAUCAUGGUUAAACAGGGAUUUGAUCCUUUCCGAUUUCAAGACGAAAGGCUGUCUACAUUUGGGCGAAUCAAACCAACUGGAAAACACGUCCAAAUCAGCACUUGAAAUACCUAUAUUUUGAUGUUUCGCCGUAUUUUUACUCUACUGGUCCAGGUGCUACUGAUUCCGUGAAUAUGUCAGAAGUAGACUCUGUAGUGGAAAACUUUGUCAGAGAUGCCCUCAGUCAGUGUGAUCACAGCACGGUAGGUGAACUUUCAAACUGGUUCAUUGGUGAAGAUUGUUUUCUCGGAAGAAAGUCCUAUAUACAUGAAAAGCAUUCGCAAGGCAGCAUCAGAUUCAAUUUUAAAAUUCUCAUAUUAGGAAACUGACCAAAAUAAUCUCAUGAAUGAACUUUAUGACAUGGAAACACUCAUUAUGUUCUUUGCAAACAUGAUUAGAGAAAAAUAUUAAACGAAAACCAAGGGAAAACUUACUCUGGGUACCAAAGAUUCUUUUCUCGCGGGUGGCGAAGUUGCCAAUAAAAACCUCCUUCACCGAGCAUGAUCUCACCAGUUUUCAUGAUCCAAGCCCUUGGACGGAGCCGCCCAGGGUUUGAAUUUUAUGCGGUCUCCCGCUCCGAUCCGAAGACCGCGGCGUUCGUUUACUUUCAGUAAUUCAGUUCUGGAAAAUGCUUGUCGAAAUUCAAAAUUGUAUUGGAGUUUGAAGCCACCGUUAACAAAGGGAUAUCUUGAUAAAAACAACAUUUUGAAGCCAUUCUUUCAUUUUGCUUUUGUUUAAAACUUCGAAACUAAAAAAGUAUGGGUGGCCUGUGAUUCGCGCAAUCCUGCGCAGACUCAGAAGCCUUAUCGAAUUUGUCGGUUGAGAGGAAAGGAAAAUCGUGAGUUGUGUUGACGUUACCCUGACGUGAACUAAAAAGCGACGUGGUAAUCAGCAGAAUGGCAACCUUUGAUGAUAACUGGCAGACGAAACGCCCAACUAUCAGCGAGAGAACCAAGUUUAUUUUUAAUAGCGAAUUGUUAAGCGAUGUUGAGUUCUUAGUUCCUGUGUCGCUGAACGAAAGUGAAAGCCAGAAGAGUCAGAAGAGUAUUCCAGCCCACAAGUUUGUUCUCGCAAUCAGCAGUCCUGUGUUCUAUGCCAUGUUUUAUGGUGAAAUGGCGGAGACUGCAGGCACUGUCCAGCUGCCUGACUGUGAUUAUGAGAGUCUGUUAGAGUUGUUUCGUUACUUAUACAGCGAUGAUGUAAAGCUAAGCGGAAGUAAUGUGAUGCAGGUUAUAUAUUUGGCAAAGAAAUACAUGGUACCCUCACUGGCUGAUAAAUGCGCUGAAUAUCUCCGGAAACAGUUAGAAGCGUCGAAUGUGUUCUCCAUUCUGCCGCAGGCCCAGAAAUUUGAGGAUAAAGAUUUGGAAAAUCGGUGCUGGGUAGUAAUUGAGAAGCACACCCAGAAAGCUCUAAUGUCGGAUGAAUUUCUCACGCUUGAGCGAUCAGUCGUUGAGUCUGUCGUGAAGAGGGAUGUACUGAAAGUAAAAGAAGUGGAUUUGUUCAAAGCUGUGGAUCGCUGGGCCACUAAAGAACUAGAAAGGAAAGGGAAGACUCCUAGUAGGAAGAUCAAGAGAAAGAUUCUUGGAGAGGAGAUUGUAAAAGCAAUACGGUUUUCACUGAUAUCACAGAAGGAGUUUGCUUCAGUUGUUUUGGAUUGUGACAUUCUCACUAAAACAGAGAUUUGUGACAUGAUUAAGUACUACAAUGGCGUAGAUUUAAAAUCUCCUCUAACAUUCGUGCAUCCCUCUAGAUCUUUGCAUCGAUGUUACAGAUUUGCACAAAUAGUAUCCCCUAAAACUGUCCGCUGGUACAACAGUGACACUUCACCUAGUGCUCUUAAUUUAACUGUCAACAAACCUGUCAGGUUACAUGGAGUCCAGCAUUUUGGCAGUGACGGUGGCGAGUACACUGUUUCAUUAGAAGUUAGAGAUGCACAAACUGGCUGUUUUCUUGUACAACAAUCAGGAUCCUACGUUUCAGAAAAAGAUGACACACAUGCUUGCAUGUAUUAUGGCUUCGAUGUUGAGUUCGAUAACCCAGUGUCUCUUGAGACAAACAGAACAUAUGAGAUUGUAUCUCGUAUAAAUGGCCCGUUAUCUUGGUUUGGAGAAAUAGGUCAACAAACUGUUGAGAUUCAAGAAAUCAGAUUUUCAUUUAGUAGUUCAGCUGCCUCCAGAAUUGGGACUGAUGUAUCUCUCGGCCAGUUUCCUGCCUUUCUUUUCAGUACAUGGUAGUUUUAGUUCUUAAGAAACAUAAUUAACUUGUCCCGCGGUUGAAGGAGCCUAUUUCAGCUUUUGCUUUCAGUCAUCUUGGAAAUCUUUUUAAAGGCCUUAUCUUUUGAAGUUUUUAAAACUUUUUUUUCCAUGUCAGCUAUAGGUAUUUGAUACGUUGAAAAAGUAUUAUUAUUUAGGCAAAUGAAGUUAACUGACUGAGAACUAGCAAAUCUCGGUAGCAAUGUUAUUAGCCAAAAUGAGUAUAGGGAAAAGAAUAGCCUGUUCCAGGCUUUCGGAUAGUGGAGUACGGCGCGAAGGAAGAGAGCGAGAAAAAAUAAAUAGGAAAAGAGAGAGAGAGGAGCCUCGCUCUCACCCUUACCCCACCCCCUCGUUGUUUGUUUGUUUGUUUGUUUUUUGCCCCCAUCUCUUUGUGCUGUCCCCACGAUCUGAACGCCUGGAACAAGCUAGGAAAAGAAAAAAUCGCAAAUGUAGCGAAAACGAAAAAUUCAACUGGGAUUGCUAUAGAAAGAAUUACUAGUAAAUCUCGUUAGCAAUUUUAACAUAACAAAGUUUAAAGAAAACUGUUUGCACAAGUUAGCUUAACAGAAACUGCAAGUAUAGUAUGAAUUAUAGCAACUUUAGCAAACGAAAAACAAAUUAGACUUCUCUCCCUCACAAGGAAAGAAAUUAUAAGUUUGUAUCGUUCACUGUCAAACUUUAUGAUGCUUUCUUUAAAAAGUGAGUUUAGUGACUGUAUUAAAAGAUUUUCCAGUGAAUGGCGAUAGCAAGUUAUGCAUUCGUUGAAUUAGUAUAUUUCAAGAUUUCUUCCUUUUGUCCUUUUUCAAUCCCAGACACAAAAAGAUGGAUAUUUAACGAAGUUCGAGCAACUUUUCUGUUCUGUGGUACUGUUUCUUUGUCUUUACCAAAAAUCUCAUAGUAAGGGCAUUUGAUAGAAACUAAUUCCAUUAUUUCUUUGGAAUAGAACGUUUUGUUUCUCUUUGUUUUACACACUAUUACAUAACAUUUCAAAUUUCAGCUCUCUAUUCGAUUUUAUUUACGUGAACUUUAUGGAAAAAAAUAUCGUGACCUUAUAAAUUCCAGUGUUUGUUUUAUAAUUUGUUGUUGUUAAUCAUGUAAGCCUACUGAACAAUCCAGUCCCAUAGCUCUGUCAAGAGCCGACAGAAUGUCAAUAAAUCCGCUUUUGUUCGUACAUCACGCUUUUAUAUUCUAUAUUGUGCAACUGAUUCAACCGAUAUGUUUUUUGAAUUAUUAUAUAUUCAAAUUCAUGACAUCAUUUGCAUUUCCUGAUAUACCGAUUCCACUGGCCUUUUACGUACGUAGCUUGCGCAAGUUUAUCACGAAGCCAUAAAGAUUACCCGCCGCUAAUUUCGGAUUGCUUUCUUCGAAAAGAAACCAAGGUCUCAAAAGAUUGUUGCAGGUAUUGCCAGUAAGUUUUCAUUCAAACGUAAGCAUGGUUUUGCCGCUUCAUUGUUAAUAUUCACCGGCCGCUUUCCUCCGUGUUAAUUUAUAGCCAUGGCACAAAUGCUAAAAUGAAAUUAUUGGCGCUAAAAUACUAGGGAUAAUUCCAUACAAAUUUACUGCCAAUUUAAAUCUUGUAUAUAAGUCUGUUAUCGUCGCUUUUUUUGCUUUUAAGCCUGGUGAUGAAAUCUUAAAAACCUUCAAAGUGUUUUCAUUCUACGCACGUGUUGUUCAUGCGCCUUGUUAAUUUGCUAUAGAGUAAUGUUUAGGACGAGCUGUUGAAUCUCUUUAUACUUGUGCGGUAUUCAACUAAAACAACUCAAAUUAGUUUUGUCGGCCGAAGUCUAAAUCCUAAGGCAAACGCUUAACGGUAGCUCUUUAAAUGCUUGUAUUAAUUAAUAUUCAUCGACGAAAAUGCCGCGUCUUACACGAUUAUAAGGUUCUGUUGCUUAUAGCUAUUUUCAUUUGAUUUCCGAAACCGUCAACAAUCGACGUUAAAUCAUAAACGGAGGAAAGACACGUCUUCGUCUCCAGGAAUACUGGACAGAUUCAACGUCAGCCGUUUUUCUUUCACUUCAGUUGGAAAAAUUUUAAUUUCGUUAUUCCUCGUGAAUUUAAAAACAAAACAUUAAAUGUAAUAGAAACGGCUGCUGUACACAGUUAUACUCAUAUAUUAUAAAUUAAGUACCAUUCUGACAAUGGAGUGAUCUUGACAUCUGGCAGAGAACUGUAUUCAUCCAUCGCAAAUUUGUUGCAAAAUUAGGAGAACGUAAUGACGAUCUAUUUUUAUCAAGUUUCCAACGAGAAACAAAAACAGUGUUUCUUUUCAAAGACUAGGUUCGCUAAGUUUGAUAAAAUAAAAGCCUGUAUGGGUUACUAGUAAUAAAGGAAAGUAAUUAUGAGAUUGAAAUAAAUUGUACAACCAUACCAAUACUGUGCCGAAUAAAAUGCGCAUCAAAUAUAUAUGAUAAUGUUAUUUACGUAAGAUGCCCACGUCACUUGCAGAUGAUAAUCAUGCUUGUCGCCCGUAAGGUCCAUACGUAGAGUGAUUAUGAACAGGGAAGUAUUGUGACGUUUCAAUUAUAAGUUUCCCUUGGUGGGAUUUCGUCUUAGAAAGAAAGAAAGAAAAAACAAAACAACAACAAAAAAACUUAGCAAUAAUUUGUUUAGUCUGUGGUUUUCACUUGGCCUAUUGCUGCGUCUCGCAAUGUUUCCUUGAAAGAGAGAACAACUUUGAAUUUAUUUUGUUGGUACUCUUUCUGUCUGAAUUUUUUUUUUAUGUUUUUUGUGACAAAGUUUUCGUCUAUCUGCGUCAGUUUAUCCAGUUCUAUUUCGCCUGACCGCCAGCCCGUGUCUGUAUCUCGUGUCUUUCAGGAUAGCAAUAAUUCGCUGUUCGUCAUCUCUUGACUAUGACUGUACCAGGAUCUUCUGACUCUUCAAACAAAUGUGUCGGUAGAUGGUAACGUUGAAUAGGGUUGGCAAGCAUCUUGAAAGUCCUCGAAUUUUCAAAUAAAAAUUCAACGCCUUGAAAAUCCUUGAAAAUUGCAAUCGGUGGUGGAAAGUCUUUGAAUUUCGGUGCUAAAUUUAUCCAACCCAGAUUCUCAAGUGCCUACAGGAAGCAAACACUGAAAGACCUUCAGGACAAAAUUGCUCACGUUGUAAAAGAGCUAAAAAAAAAGACACAUACUCAAGGCUUUUUUAACAUUGAAUGAAGUCCUUGAAAAAUGGGAAAUGUGUCCGCUUGAAAUUCCUAGAAAGGCCCUUGAAUUUUUUUGAUCAAAAAGGGUACGAACCCCGUGAAUAACGUAAAAAUGUUUCCAAUUACACUGAGUCGGAAGUGUCCUUGCGGGGUACCUAUAUAUUAGGAUGUGCAAACAAUUCUCAAAAUCCCAGUGAUAACCCGUUCCAUACAGUUCCUACUUCUUUACACCCUGCCGCCAGAGCCUGGCUUUCACUUGCUCGAUUUUGGCGUUUCCGAGAAAAACUCUACAUGAAUCGAUCAAAUUCUUUGUUGAACAUGCAGUCGUUGCAUGUUGCUAAGAUAUUAGUUUUGAGCCAAGACCUUAUAGCCGUGCGGUUGGUACCGCGGGCAUAGUUAUGACCAUGCACAUGUUUAUCAAUAAACAAGUUUGUUCCAGGCGUUCAGACUGUGUUGCUGAUUGCGGGGAUGGUGCAAAGAGAUGUGAAAAGGAGGGGUGGGGUAGGGGGUUCUCCCUCUCCCUCUCACCCUCGCCCUCUCUGGGCUUUUCUGAGGUAUAAAAAUUCUUCUAAAAUUCCAUGUACCAAGCAGUGAUUUUUUCAUUCAAAGUUUCGCAAAAUUUCAUUGUUUAUGAAAGUGCUGAAGAUAGGAAUCUUCGGGCGAUUUUUAACCGGAUAAAAAAUGCAUUAUCUUGCAAUAUUUUUACCAAAUAGUAUUGCAACUGGAAUGCCUUACUUACCUGCCAAAGAUGAACUUGUUUCCCUGGACCGCCUUUCUUCCCCGAGGGCUUUGAAAAUGGUAUAAUUCAAAAGGUUUUGGACCGGCAACUGUAAUGACGUGGGGUAGCAUUUCGCUUUUUGGCGGUUUUCUCGAAAAUGAGAAUUCUUUGGAAGCUUUGAUUGUGAUUUUCGAAAAUGUUUCAUCAAAAGGCUCUUUCUGGCUAAAAAUGAAGUAUUUCGAAAUUUCAGUUUUGACGGCGAAUUCUCGAUAUUUACAGACAGCAAACGUUUUCCACGUUUUCAAAUCCUCUGGUAAAUUAUUCCAAAUUUUAGCCCUCCCCUCCUCCCCCUCUAUAUUUUAAUGAACAUUUUCCUAAAUUCGUUCCACUAACUGAUCGUUUACUAUCCGUUUCGAUCUGCAGAAUGGAAAACUAACCAAGGCGGAGUUCGUGAGCUGGAUGAGGAAACACCCUCUCAUACUGGACUCGGUAUUCAAGCACACAAGUAUUCAGGACAAAGAAUUUAGCAAAGUAAGGGGCUGUUUACAUGGAGGUAGGAGGAUCCUAGCACCAGGAAUAUUGUAGAAGGCGGAUCAUCCUAGCGCCAUAUGUUUUCUGUAUUCGGUUUACAUGCAAAGGGUUGUACUUGUUCCUAGAGCUAGGAUCUUCCUAGUACUAGGAUCUUCCUAGCUGACAGGUAGGAAAUCCUAGCACCAUGUAAACUGCCUUUGCUAGAAAGAUCGUAGUACUAGGAACAAACCAGACAAAAAUAACGGCGGGUCGUUCAGUGGCUAAUAAUCACAGCAAUAGAGGCGGACCAUUUCGUUUGGCGUUACAACGAGCUGAUUAUUGUGAUAAUUCUGCUGAAAGGUAGUAGUUAACGCCAGUAAAGAGAGCAGAAGGGCCCAAAUUGUAUGUUUGUUUUUCUCGCCCGCCAUUUUUAAUUCCCUCUCAAACAUUCUAUGUUUGUCUAACACACGGACCAAAAUUUCUCCAUGCAAACCCAACGUAAAGUUGAUCCGCCUUCUGGGAUCUUCCCGGUACUUGGAUCUUCCUCCCUCCAUGUAAAGGGCCCCUAAGGAAGCAUCACGUUAUAACACCUAAGGGACCUUAAGAUCCGAGAGCGCCAACGGCAGGGAAAACAAAAACGUCACUCAAAAAGUGAAUUCGCGUUCUUUCUGUCUUGAUCGUUAUUAUAAUUCCAACUUAUCUACUUUGCCAGUUGUAGGCGAAAUCUCUUGGAGUUGAAUUCAUCAGAGCCAUAUCCAAGUUCAGAAAAAGAGAAAAUUUUGUCGUCGCUUGUUUACGUCCUUCAUUGCACGUGGAAUUAGGCAUUUUCACGUUGAAGUCGUGCAAUUGAUGGCAAAAAAAUGCAUAACAACGCACAAUGCACGUGCAAAGUUGUUUUGCUUAUUAAGGGCCUGUUUUACGGUGGAGGUGGGGGACCCCAGGUAGGUGAGGUAUCCCGCUUAGGUGGGGUAACCUGCCUGUCCAUAUAAUCUCUCAUUUUAAUUCAAUCAUAUUUACAUGAUAGGUGGGGCGACCCGCCACAUGUUACUUCACCUACCUGGGAUCCCCCACCUCCAUGUAAACAGGUCCUAAGACUCCUAUUCCACCGGUCUGGACAAAUGUUUAAAUGGACGGACGAAUUUUUUACCUGUAUAAACCGUUUACACGGAACCAUGCAAAUUCUGUUACAAAACUUGCAAGGUCCCUUAAGGGGUUGUAUUGUGUCGCCAGUUGACCGAUUUUGAUGGCAGCGGAAAGAUUGCUAUAUAACUUCGGAACAGAACGUGAUUAAAGCGAAGUGUUGAAUCCUUCAUUAUUUGUGUUUUCGUUGUUUUGACAGUAUGAUCGUCUUCGAGAAAGCCACAGAUCACCUACCAUUGUCACUUCAACAAAACAAGGAACACGGUGAGUUACAGGCAUCUUUUCUGGCACACACCCUCAGCACAUUUUUAGACUUGAUCAGAAUUACAGUCCCCUUAAGUUUUUCAGUCAUUUUUAACUAGGAAUAGCCAAAGCUUAAUAUUCCUCUUUUUACGACCCCCCCCCCAUCAAGCUCUGGAACAAUUGAGAAUCUUCUUUAAAUUAAGUCAUACUGUUUAAGUUUAACUUUUAAACGCCUUUGUAGUCUAAGCAUGUAAGUACUUCUCUAGAGGGUCCCCAAUAGGAUUCUUCAAUCCCUUAAUGCCGACCUAAAAUUUCGUGCAAUCCCGUAAUCCUGAGGGUUAUUUUUGGAAUUCCACCUCCCAAGCAUACUUUCAAUCCCAAAUCUGGUCCCGAUUUUCCUUUCAAAUCCCGAAUCCCGAGCUUCUAAUAGGGGAAAUCCCGAGUCCCGAAAAACCUAUUGACGACCCUCUCUCUUGGCAGAUAAUAUCUCUAACAUGGACACUUUGUGCCAGUUACACUACAGUGUUCGUGUCAGUGGGGUUGACUUUAUUGUAUAUCCUUCCUUACCCCCCCCCCCCCCUUUUUUUUUUCAGACGCACAGAGUUGUUAAGCCAGACUUGGGUUGAUGGCUUACAGCAAGAAUCUCAAACGGAUCAAACAGCCAAUGGUGAGUCCCGUCACACCAGCUCCUCAUUGAUCUUCAAGCCAGUUUAAUCUAGGAAAUAUUGCUGGGGAGUGGUUAUUGGCGGACGCAAAUGUCUCCCAGUUUAGCGGCGCGAGGAACAGAUCUUUCGUAGGCAAAUUUUCUUACCUUUGCUUUGAGCGUCAAAAUGUGUCACGAACUAAAAAGUGGCCAAAGAGAGUUCACUGACGUUCUUACCAUGUUUUGACGUAUUUUGAGAUCUGUAAACUGAACAAAACAGAAUCUAAUUCGUUUAUACAAAAGCGAGAAGGAAAGGUGGCGCCAAAGCGGGCGAUUGUUUAAGGGUGACUCUAAUUAUUGCACUUGCCACGUCAACAAGGCUACUCAUCGCUUUUGCUCCUGUUUUUUUCUUACAUGUUAACAGCUUCUGUUAAUAUUAUUUUCUUUGGAAACCCCUUAUUUGUGAUACUGGCGAGAUUAUUCGCUUGUCUUGUUUUAUAGAGCCUACAUUCAGCGGAAGCUACGGAGACGCAGAUUAUCUAUGGAGCCCAGUCUUCCCGGCGAGCUUAGGCAUGCCUUGCGCCCGCAGUAGGCACUCGGUUUGUGUCUGGGGAGGAGAGGUCUUCGUGUAUGGAGGACGAGGAACCAGAGGAACGCUCAAAGACUUCUGGAGAUAUGAAAUAGGUGAGAGGUUGACUUGUUUGAAUGCCCUGCGGUAGUAGCUAUAGUUUGUUUUUGAACGCUUUUUUUUUAAUUUUUUCCCUCCAGUUUAUACAUGUUUUAGCUAACUUGACUUAAGGGAAAUGUGUCUGGGUACAGCUGGCAUACAAGGCAUUUUUUUUAAAAAUCUUUUUAAAUCUUCAAGAUUGUCCAUCCGUGCCUUCUUUACACUGUAAAUCAGAAAGAUCUGUUUUAGCCCCCAAAGUAGGGCCGUUUCCGUGAGUUAAAUACAGUCCUAUUUUGGAGUCUAAUUAGCUAGGGCUGAUUUGGUGGAAAAGCCUUUUGAUUGAGCUUUUUUGCCUAAAUUGUUCUCAAAUGGCUCCAGGAAGAGCUGAAUUGACACUUUGAGGCUGAGACAGAUCUUUUUAAUUUUCAGUGUAGUAAUUGAUGUGUUUAGCCCAUUUUUAAUAUUUUGGGCCGCUCGACAGCUCUCUAUGUUCUCAAUGUUUGAAUUUUGAUAAAUUUUGUCACAUAAAUCCUUUGAUUGUUUUGCUUUACAGCCACUAACACUUGGAGUGAGGUUGUUGUAGAAGGCGACUUCAAACCGCCUUCGCUACAGGAACACACCGCCGUUCCGUACAAGGUAAUAAUUUCAAUUAACAGUUUAAAUCCCUAUUGUGCAAAAUCGUAGAAGAAAAAUAGUACCAUGUUAAAGGCUAUGAGGUGCGACGUCCUUCUAAUUUCCUUGCGGUGCAAAAGGAUGUCUACAUGAAAUUCAUUAUUUUUGCUGUUCAGUGUUGUUUCUUUGUGAUGCAAAGGGUUUCACUACUCUAAAUACUUUCAUUUGACGUACCUACUAAAUCUUUUUGUGUUUGUGUGUGUUUUUUCUUUUUCCUCAAUUAUUACAGGGUAAUAUGUACGUGUUCGGCGGCGAAUUCACAGCAACGAACGAGACGCCAUUAUGGACUUUUAAUUUUCGUAAGUGCGUUGUGUUUUCUGUUGAGAUUAUUCUUCACCUGCGUUCCUUUUCUUUUCUGAUACAGACUCCUCUUUUUCUUCUUAGGUUCGCGGGUGUGGAGAAAACAAGCCGCGAAAUCCUGGGUAAGAUUAGAUCGAUUUUCAGCUGAGUGCCAAAAAGGCCUGUUAAUGGGCGAUCUUAGCCCCGCUGGUGCGGUGAUCUCCUGGCAAUUUUAUUACUAUUAUUCAAACUUUAUCUUACGGGCUCCUGCGUUGUAAAGGCUCAUCGGGGCAGCUCCCAGUUUUCUGAUAAUUCUUGCGUAGAAAAUCGCUGACUGGGGAUAAAUCGCGUAAAAAUUCGCUGCAAGUAGUUAAGAAAGCACAGGCACUUUCGCCUCAAACAUCGCCAUGAAAUCACCGCUACGUUACACGCGCUAUUUGAAAUGGCAGGAAAAAGUGCACGAAAAAUCAUAUUUUUUAGCAAGCCUUUAGUAAAAUUGUCUUUCAGUCUGUCACACUACUUAUAAAGGGCAAAGUAAUCGUGAAUACUGGAAAAGGCUUUAUGUCUUUCACAAUGAUGCACUAAAUCCACUUUUCACUGUAGCUUUUCUUUUCAUCUCACUUUCUCUUUUGUUUUCUCUUUAUAACUUCCUAGGGUCCAGGAACGCGUCGAUCUCACACUGCUGUUCACCAUGAGGGUUCUAUGUUUGUGUUUGGUGGGUAUAUCGACAUGAGAGGCGCAACCAACGAACUCUGGCAGUACGAGCUGGGUGAGUCGGUUUCCAUUGUUUCCUCUCUACUGACCACAGUUUUCGAGAGUGCACUAAGCAUGCUAAGAGGUUUGGGGGGCUGUCUCGACUCAUAAUUCAACAAAAAAAUCCGAACCAUGGAUGGGUUCUUCUCACCCAGUGGAGCUGUGAUUGUGGUGACAGUAUUUUUCUACGAAAAGGCAGAUUCAGCUGUUUUUUUUUCUUUUUUUAAAUGUGAUUUUCUGCUCCAUGGCCUCUUCGCGAAAAAUGAUAAUAAAGAUAGUAAUAAUAUUUUCACGUACCUGCGUUGCAUUCACGUAAGGUUUACGAGAGAGCAAAUACGAUUUUGACAAAGACUCAAUUUGACAUUACUUUUUUUUUUUUAACUUUUUUGCAGAUACUUCAAAGUGGGUCAGACUUAAGUGGAAAGGCGAAGGGCCAAGCCCGCGGUACAGUCAUUCAGCGGCGGUGGGAGCAGCUGGUAUGUGGGUGUAUGGAGGCUUGGAAGGUCUACAGACCAAGAACGAUCUGUGGAGAUGGAGCUUUGGUAAGUACCAUUAGUAAUGGGACUGGGAAAGGUAGACAGGUUUUAAAAACAUACCAAAUAACAAAACUAACUGAUAAAUGAAAGUGCAUAAACGUCACCCUCUUGAUCGUACUGGUGGCUGAAAGCGAUUUGCAUGGAUUCUGCAAGAAGUAGCAUCCUGAGUGUCAUGUCAUGUGAUUCGCCUAGAAAUACAUCUCGGGGAUAAUAUAUAGAUUUAGCCAAGGCCAAAACUGAAGCUCUCGAUGAUUCUUUUAAGAAAUGUCUUUCUCAAGUAAUUUAACUUCUGCCUUAAUCAGAACGUGAACUGAAUUCCUCUUUAAAAAAUGGACAUGAGCUCGCAAUCAAUUGAAAAAUUAUUCGCCUGUGACGCACGUUGAAGUGAAGCAAUCUGACCGAUCAAGACUCCGAAACACACACAAACCUGAAAGGAAGAACGAAGGAAAAGCGAGUUCUAGAUUUGAGAUUUACACGUUGAAGCAGUUCUUCGCUGGCUGUUCUCUUGAAGACGACAAAUUGGGGGGGGGGGGGGGUGGGCAGAGUGGGAGAUGUUCACGAAGUUGUCCCACCUUCAAGUGAUUCUUUUUUCAACCGAUCUCUACUGGAGUCCCCUCAUGUGCCUCAUUUUAAUGUGUUCUUUCCAGUAGUGUCGACGGAUUUUCCCUUAGUAACCCAUGUCAAAAGUUGAAAAAAGCAACAACUCUAAGUAAGUAAUAAUUAAGGGUUCUGCAGCGAAGCUCUCAGUUUUGUUUCUUUCAUAGUUUCUCACUCUUGGUCGAGAAUUAAGAGUCGAGGUGGUCCGCCGGGCCUGUUUGGUCAUUCUGCAAUCAAGGUAAGGAGUGAAGUAAUCUGAUCUCUUAUACUAAGGAGUUAAACUGAUAUAAUGAUCUGCCUCCAUUUUAUAUACUAAGCAGUUAAAUAGUUAGAGAAAUCUCAUUUUAAAAGCAGGUGUUUUAUAUUAGGAAAAUUUAACGUUUACUUGCGUUGUAGUUGAGAAUGGUGUGUUCUUGCAUGAUUUUGCUUUCGACCAAAGGCAGGUCAAGCUAUCUAAUGUGCCCGAGCGAAAAGCGGCUUCACGUUUCCUAGGAUCGGCUGGCUUCGAGGUCACUAUCUAAAGCCUCGGAUAAACGAUCAAACAUUUUCGUUUGCAAAUAAUGUUUGAUCAUACAUCGAACAAAGUCAGUGAUCCCACAUUAACCUUAUCCUGCGUGCUGUACAUUUUAAAUACAACGUUGAGACGAGCUCUUCCAACACGAUGGUGGACGAAAAUGUUUUAACGUUUAAAAUAACGGGGACUUAAAAUAACGAGCACCUGUGGAAUCAUAAGUUAGAGCCAGUAUAACGACCCAUCAAAUCAAACGAGGGGACUGAGAUUAUUUUACCUAGUAAAUAAACCCAAAGUUUUUGGAGCAGUAGAGCAGUCCGUAUUUGGUUGAUACUUGCCGGAUAUCCUAUGGUUACCCUCCUUCUUGAGUUGUACUGUUUGAUUGAUUUUUUUCCAAUAGUGACUGUCUUUUCUGUGUAUUUAUAGGUUGGAGACGGGAUGUUAAUAUUUGGAGGGGAGACAGCUGACGGCGUUCUGCAAAAUUCAAUGUGGCGGCUUGAUCUAGGUAUGAAAAAUCCCUAGCCUUCUAUAGAACGCGUUUUCUUUGGAUGACGGAAGACGAGAAGUCCUUUGGCCAAUGAAAGCGAGCAGACGUUGCGGUCAACCAAUCAAAACUUGAAACUCAAAUGGGCUGAAAAAUGCAUUUUGGUUUCAAAUGUACCGAGGGACGAAGAGGAAAUUAGUUCGAGUCUGUCAACAUAAAGUUGUUAAAUUGCUGUAGUCGCGAAUAUCAAAGCAUUUGUCCGAGUACAUUUUUCAAAUAGCCUUUUCAUUGCCUUGGAUGCAGGUUACUUAAAUUGAUUUGUUCGGCUGAAACCAACCUAUGUAUUCUAACAUCUUUCAGGGAAUCGCACUUGGACAACUGUUCGCCCGCGGGGCGGAAUAUCCCCACCCGUCCGGAGCUGUUUUUCCAUGGGGGUAGUUACGUCUUCCGCGUUUCUAAUAUCUGUGCGACCAUCGACGUCCCACUCCGCCCCACCCUGUACUCCCAUGCCAUCUGGCUUUCUGAAGGAGGAGAGUCUGGACAGUCGACUGACCACUCAUGGGAACUCUACCGGGGAAUCCUGGCGCGAACCCGUCACCCGAUGGGAGAGAUCUGCAGCAUCACUGGACUCGCUUGAUUCAACAGCGCCUUCAUCCAACUUUACAGUAAAGUCUCGCGAUGCUAAACGCAACCAAAAUCGACCUGCAUCCAUGUUUGGCACUCAAGUUUACGAGAAUUCUCGAGGCAUGACUUUGUCGGAUGACUCUCUGAACGGAUACGAGCCUAACAACUCGACAAACGCGAGCAAUAGAGCCCAGAAUCUGCCCUCUUGGGGAGAUUUUCGGGCCACAAAAGGCCGUGUCCAAAGCCAUGAGUUUUUAAAUGUGGAUUCCACUAUUAUCCCCACGGAUUUAAGGAAGAGUUUGACUCGACCAUUCGCCUGUUUGUUGGUGCUUGGAGGCAAGACGCGUGUUCAGGCUGAUAUGGCAAGAACUCUUGAUAUCUGGCGGUGUGAUAUUGAUCCAGGUAAGAAACAGGCUCCUUCUCAUCCUUGCUCUGACAGGUUUUCUUUCGGUACUCCGAUUUCCCCCUCUCCAUAAAAACCGAUGUUUUCAAAUUCCAAUACGCCACUUCCACAUUUCCCAUAAUGCGGGGCGCCACGCAGCUGUUUACAAGGACUCACAGGAUUGGCUGUGAAAACAAUAGACAUAGAGAUUAUAACAAUGACUUUAUGCCUUAAACAAUGGAGCUGCGUGUUAUGGAGAUCCAAUGAUAUUAGAGGUUUUUAAGAGCUUCGUUCCAACUGCAUAAUGCGCCUUGUUUGCCCCCCAAAAUUUUGCAUAAGCAUUAUUUUCAAUUCCUCCUGGUAGGGCUGUAACACCCAGGAGAAAAACAAAGGUUGUGUAUUUUUUUUGCAUGGGGGGGGGGGGGGGGACGGAAAGAAGUGGCGUUUAGACUAUUUUAGCCCAGAGGAGGUUGGACAGCAGUUCGCAAAGGAUCAUGAGGCGAAUUAUCAAGUAGCUCAGUUAUAACGAGACCGUCGAGGUAGAUGGAUCUCCGUGAUAAAUGCACGCCUUUUUGCCGAGUUUAGCCACAAUUGUGCUUGAAUUCCGAAUAUUUUCGCACUAAAAGUUUAUCCUAUCAAAGAUGUUACAAAUUUCUCACGGCUAAGGGGUUGAGGUGCCUUUAAAACAUGUUGUUUAGCCUGAUUUUAGCCUGUAUGUUUUUUUUUUCCCAAUUCAGACCUCCGGGAAUUUGUCCUUUGUCUUUUCACAAAAUAUGCGUACAUAUUCAUGUGGAUGCACCUGUAUCGGAAACAGUUCUCUAGGGCACCAUCACAUGGUCUGAAAUAAGAAAACAAAAGAUACAAGCUGAAAAGGUCUAUUCAAUCUGGAAUGCUAUACAAAGAACUACUAUGUGGAUUUGCUACCUCUAAACCGUCAUUAAUUGAUUGAUCGAUUGAUUGAUUGAUUGAUUGAUUGAUUGAUUGAUCGAUCGAUCAUAUAUUUCUUUAUUAUUUAUUUGUUUUCAGUCAAGAAAAAGCCAACAGAGAGACACAUGGAGAAAAUAACUGUUGCAAACAGUCAAACGGUGGAACCUCACGUCCCCCAUAGGGUCCCCUAUAGGAACUUGGAGCUCUCUGCAGAUAUUACCGCUGACUCGGAUGAUUUGGAUACCGUGUCAGUCGGAAGUGACUUGGUUUUAGCAGAUAUGUCUGAUAGCGAUACCCGGAGUGUGGAUUUCUUAUUGGAUGAUUAUGACUUCCAGACAUUGUCACGUAACUUUCCUAAAGUGUCUGUUUGAAUUGCUCUCUUCAGAUAUGUGCCACGUAUUUUGCACAGAGUAUAAUUCGUGACAGCCUAAAUGACGACUUCCUCGGCUGGUUUCGGUGGAUCUUCUUUCUGCACUCGACUCUCUCUCUCUCUCUCUCGUCGUAUUUUGAAAUAUGCCAAGCGCGAGGGAAUACUGAACUUUCAAUGAACUAAUAAAUCUUAAUGGACUGAAGGGAAUUGCAAAAUUUGCGAUGUUAAUGUCAAUGUUGUCUUUAAUAUAUGGAACUUUAAACGUCUAAAAAAGGUCUGUCACGAUAUUUUUUUAUUCAUUAGUUUGUAACUUCUAAAGUUAUUUCGAAAUUGAGGCAAACAUAGAUAUGAUUACAAACAACAAACUCUAAAUUUCGCUUGAAUAUUUUAAGAUGCAGAAAUUUGUGUCUUGGCUAAUUUACCACGUUUUGUCGCACUGGUACUCGACCUUCGAAAUCAACACUGUUUGGAAUAGAUUUCCCUCAAUCAAACGGUUCAAAUCCGGAAGUAUCGGAGUAUCGUUGUAUCGUUUCAUUGACGGAAACUCAAUUCUCUAGUGUUAUUGAUUUUGAAGGUUGUGUAUUGUAACUUCAAAUGCCCCACCUUUCUCCGAAGUCUAUUCGACUGAGUAUUCAGAAAGUAGAUGAUAUUUUUCCGUUCUAAGAUUGUUAGUUUAAAUUGUCGGUCGUAAAUAUUAUGCUGCAUGUAAAAAAUUGUAUAUACCAGUUAAAAAAAUAAUACCGUUUAUAAUUUACUUGUAAAGAAAUUAAAUGGCAUCGUCCAGUUUAAGAUAUGUUAACAUAUUAAAAAUAAAAGUGAUCAAAUUGUAGUGUCGCCUACUGAUUUCUCUCUGAAGGCAAAUCAUGAAGCUUGGUUCUUCCGUGC